CUCAGCAGCGGGCUGGCCGCUCCGCCCCCUCUCCCGCUCUGUAUGCUUUUCCGUGCCCUGGGCGCCUUGUCCCGCUUCCCUCCAGUGUUCGCCCGCGUCGUCAUGAAGCCCGUCGUAGUGUUCGUCCUUGGGGGUCCGGGAGCCGGGAAGGGGACCCAGUGCGAGAGGAUAGUGGAGAAAUAUGGCUACACCCAUCUGUCCGCUGGAGACUUGCUUCGUGACGAGAGGAAGAGGCCAGGCUCUGAAUACGGGGAACUGAUCGAGUCUUACAUUACAGACGGGAAGAUAGUCCCGGUAGAGAUCACCAUUAGCCUGCUGCAGAGGGCAAUGGAGGAAACCAUGGCCGCAAAUACUGCAAAGAAUAAAUUCCUUAUCGACGGUUUUCCCAGGAACAAGGACAACCUGCAGGGCUGGGACAGGACCAUGGAUGGCAAAGCCGACGUGUCUUUUGUACUUUUCUUUGAUUGCGAUAACGAGACUUGCAUAUCACGCUGCCUGGAAAGAGGGAAGUUCAGUGGAAGAAGUGACGAUAACAGGGAGAGCCUGGAAAAGAGGAUUCAGACGUACCUUCAGUCCACCAGGCCCAUCAUUGAUCUGUAUGAGCAAAGAGGAAAAGUCCGAAAAGUUGAUGCCUCACACUCUGUAGAUCAGGUCUUCAGCAAAGUCCAAGAAAUCUUUGACCGUGAAGGAUAACGAGACUCAGUCAUACCCAUCAUCAACUUUAUUCAUUGCUUCGUCGAUAUCUAUUUUUUUUUUUCUAUUUUUUUUUAAUGUAAGCACUGUAAUACUCGGUGUCGUCGUAUUGCGAUGUCUCCUUUCUUUCUGUCUACCAUUCUCAUCUUCAGGUUUUCACUACACGUCAGGCUCUACUGUCCCUGUAUCUGAGGUGCGGAGCUCAGCCGUGGGGUUGGAAGGGUUAAUCGACCUCAGCAAAUGACCCUUUUAUAUUUAUUCAGGAAAUGGGCAAAAUAUAUUUUAUGAUAAACUGUGGGAAUGCGAUUCUCUUCCUUUCAGAGUGUUAGAAGGUGAAGUGGGGGUCAUCUGUACCUAACCUCAGGCAGUGGCAUGUGCCAGGGGCGGCUCUGGUCUCUAGUGGAUUGACUGGCAUUCACCGUUCUUGGUGUGCGGCACAAGAAUCGUCCGCUUUCGGUGUAACGCCACUUUUAAUAUAAGUCGUUAGUCCGAUUUAUUAGUCACUGCAGAGCAAUAAGCUUCUUUUUAGGAAGAACCUCUUGACUGUUGCCCUAAAGGGGGUAUCUGGGCAGUGGGCACAAUAAAGCGAUGUAGCUGCUGAGUUUUA